AUGGCUUAUCCUCAGUACGCCAGUGCUGUCGAGGGCUUCUUGGAAUCUCUGGUCCGUCACGCUGACUUCCUCUGUCUGACUCCUGCCGCCAGCCAGUACCACAAGUUGUACCGUGGCUGGAAGGUCAUUGACGCCCGGGGCGUUUUCAUCGACGAGGCAGUCUCCUAUGGCGAGGUCUCCACAAUGAGUGCACUUUUGGCUUCUAGCCUUCCCGUUUACCGUCUCAAGGUUCAACUCCGUAUGACCAGAGGAAUGUUUGACCUUGUCGCCAAGGUGAUCUACCCCGAUGUGCCUUUCACUUACCAUGGCAGUCGAGCCAUCAACAACCCAGAAUUCAAGGUUGAGCAUGGCAUUGACUAG